CCUGCUGAUGGGAUAUUCAUAUCGGGGUAUAGUUUGUUGAUCGAUGAAUCAAGCUUGUCGGGUGAAAGUGAACCUGUUAAUAUAGACAAGACGAAACCUUUCCUUCUUGGUGGGACUAAAGUGCAGGAUGGUUCGGGUAAAAUGUUGGUUACAACUGUCGGUAUGAGGACCGAAUGGGGUAAGUUGAUGGAAACCUUGAGUGAAGGAGGUGAAGACGAGACCCCAUUGCAGGUGAAGCUAAAUGGUGUUGCUACUGUUAUUGGGAAGAUCGGUUUGGGUUUUGCUGUUUUAACGUUUGUAGUUCUCUUGAUAAGGUUUCUUGUGACUAAAGCUAUCAAUGGUGAAUUCACUCAAUGGUCUUCUUCGGAUGCGCUCCAGCUUUUAAACUAUUUCGCUACUGCUGUUACUAUAAUCGUGGUUGCAGUUCCUGAGGGGCUGCCACUUGCUGUUACACUUAGUCUGGCUUUUGCUAUGAAGAAGUUGAUGAGCGAAAGGGCCCUCGUUAGACAUCUGGCUGCUUGCGAGACUAUGGGUUCGGCUACAUGCAUUUGCACGGAUAAAACAGGUACUUUAACCACGAACCAGAUGGUGGUUACGAAGAUAUGGUUAUGUGAAAACGAGAAAGAAGUUAAGGAUGAUGAAAACCAAGAAAAUAUAUCUGGAAACGUUGCGGAGUUGCUAUUGCAGGCGAUAUUUCAGAACACGGGAUCGGAGAUUGUGAAAGGGAAAGAUGGGAAGGAAUCAAUUUUAGGAACGCCCACUGAAUCAGCAUUACUUGGGUAUGGUUUGAAACUGGGCGGGGAUUUCUUUGCUCAGCGGCGGGAAAUUAGUAUCUUGAAAGUUGAACCGUUUAAUUCGGUUAAGAAGACAAUGUCUGUUCUUGUGGCGCUUCCAAACGGGUCUCAGAGAGCGUAUGUUAAAGGUGCGUCCGAGAUUAUUUUGAAAAUGUGUGAUAAGAUGGUUAUCGGAGAUGGGGAAGUUAUUAGUAUGUCGAAUGAACAGGAAAUGUUUGUUACCGAUGUUAUUAAUAGAUUUGCGUCUGAAGCACUUAGAACUCUUUGUUUGGCUUAUAAAGAUGUUAAUGAUGAUGAUAUUAACGAGGGUCCGAUUCCGGAUUGUGAGUAUACAUUGAUAGCGCUUGUUGGGAUUAAGGAUCCUGUUCGACCGGGUGUUAAGGAUGCGGUUCAGAGUUGUUUGGAUGCUGGGAUAAGUGUUCGAAUGGUCACUGGAGAUAAUAUAAACACGGCUAAAGCCAUUGCUAAAGAAUGUGGAAUACUUACCGAUGAUGGUUUGGCUAUAGAAGGGCCUGAUUUUCGCAAUAAAUCUCCUGCAGAACUGAGGGAAAUCAUUCCCAAAAUUCAGGUUAUGGCUCGAUCGCUUCCUUUGGACAAACACAUGCUGGUGACAAACCUGAGGGGUAUGUUUAGAGAGGUUGUCGCGGUUACUGGCGAUGGAACAAACGACGCUCCUGCUUUACAUGAAUCUGAUAUUGGGCUUGCUAUGGGUAUUGCUGGAACAGAGGUUGCCAAAGAAAAUGCUGAUGUGAUCAUAUUGGAUGACAAUUUCAAGACUAUAGUAAAUGUGGCGAAAUGGGGACGGGCUGUGUACUUAAACAUUCAGAAAUUCGUGCAGUUUCAGUUAACAGUCAAUGUUGUUGCUCUUGUGCUGAAUUUCGCAUCCGCGUGUAUCACAGGAUCUGCACCACUUACUGCUGUUCAAUUGCUGUGGGUAAACUUAAUAAUGGACACUCUUGGAGCAUUAGCACUGGCUACUGAACCACCACAUGAUGGGCUGAUGCAAAGGCCUCCUGUUGGGAGAGGAGAAAGUUUUAUAACCAAGAUCAUGUGGAGGAAUAUUCUCGGUCAGAGUGCUUACCAAUUGAUUGUGUUAGGACUUCUCACUUUCGACGGAAAGAAUAUUCUCCGGCUAAAAGGCUCCGAUUCUACAGCUAUUCUCAACACCUUCAUUUUCAACACCUUCGUCUUCUGCCAGGUAUUUAACGAGAUAAACAGUCGAGACAUGGAGAAAAUAAAUGUUUUCAAGGGUCUUUUCAGCAGCUCUGUCUUCUUGAUCGUCAUAGCUGCAACGGUAGCAUUCCAAGCCAUCAUAGUAGAAUUCCUUGGGACAUUUGCCAGCACGGUUCAAUUAAGUUGGCAGUUAUGGCUUCUAAGCAUCAUAAUUGGUGCAAUAGGUCUGCCAAUAUCCGUCGUCUUAAAGUGCAUACCAGUUCAAAAUUCAUCAUUGCCUAAGCACCAUGACGGUUAUGAUCUAAUUCCCAAUGAAGCCUAAAUAGCUUGAUGAAUAAACAUGAUAUCCGGUAACAUCAAACUUUUCUAACUUAAAAGAAAAACCAAGAUUUGUUAACAGGGCAAGAUAUUUUGAGUUUGAGUUUAUGAUUAUCUCGAUAUUCUUCAACAGCUUUUCAAUGUUUUGUUGCCAUGAAUUUCUUUUAAGUUACAUUUUGCAGAGCAUGCCACAU